AUGGCGUGCACUUGCACUACAAUUAAGCUUGAGGAGUCACAUUUGGGAAACAAGGAUUUGGAUGAGAUACUCAGGAAGUGGAAGGCUGGAGGAUUCCCGAAUCUAGAGCGUCUGAUGAUACAUAGUAAAUUUAUUGCAGUUAAUGAAUCGACAAUUUUGGGAAUGAGCCCAUUCGAAUUGCGGAGGAAGGAUCUCCAAACUGAUGAUGGAUCAAAGAAGGCAACAUUUAAACUUAGCACCCGGAGUAUUGAAAUGUCUGUAACUCCAUUUUAA